AUGGAACAUGCACAAGAGAAAGAAGCCAAAAUUUUAUUAUUGGGUAUGACGGGGGCGGGGAAGUCUACAUUUAUAAAUCGAUUGACCAAUCAUUUUAAAGGGGGAAGUCCACAAAAUCUUAAAAUUGCCAUACCAACUAAAUAUUUAAAAGUCACUGAAAAUGAAACCACGCAUUCUGAAAAAGAUAUAGAUGAUGAAAGAAAAAGCAAAACAAGAGAAUGCAAAGCUUACAGUUUCACAGAUCCAAAGGAUCAAUCCAAUAAAUUUAUUUUCAUUGACACUCCUGGGCUAAGUGAUGUUGAUGGUGCUGAACAAGAUAAAGAAAACAUUACAAAAAUAAUUAAAAGCACCCUUGAUGCUCAGCAAUUGUCUGGCAUUGCAAUUGUUGCCAAUGGGACCGAAGCGAGAUUCACAUCUGCAAUGAAAAAUACUUUAGAGCAAUUAGCAAAUAAUCUUCCUGAUAAGCUCUUGGAUAAUCUAUUACUGAUUUUGACAAAAUGCGAAGAACAUACUGCUACCCUCAAUCCAGAUACUUUUUUUGCUAAACCAAAG